AUGCCUCUCACACGAACUCACCGUCACACCGCUCCCCGUCGCUCCAUCUUCAGCACCCGUCGCCGUGCUCCGGCCCAUUCUCAUCGCCAUACAACAACCACCACAACCACAAAGCCCCGUCGCCGCGGCAUGUUUGGUGGCGGUGCUAGUCGACGAACUCAUGCUACGGCCACUGCACCUGUUCAUCACCACCAGCGCCGACCUUCCAUGAAGGACAAGGUCAGCGGUGCCCUCCUCAAGCUCAAGGGUAGUUUGACUCGCCGACCUGGCGUCAAGGCUGCUGGCACUCGACGCAUGCGCGGUACCGAUGGUCGUGGUGCGCGCCACCACCGCUAUUAA